AUGAGCGCUGACAAGGUGGUCAUAAUCGGCGCCGGUCCCACCGGCCUCGGCGCUGCUGUGCGUUUGAUGGAGCUCAAGCAUGCCAACUUCCAUCUCUACGACGGUGGCACCGUCCCUGGCGGCCUCUCGCGCAGCGUCCUCGACGACAAAGGUUUCUUAUGGGACAUGGGUGGCCACGUCAUCUUUUCCCACUACGCGUACUUUGACGAUGUCAUGAACCUCGCCAUCUCUGACUGGAACACGCUCCAGCGCGAGUCGUGGGUGCGCUGCUCCGGCGCCUGGGUGCCAUACCCGUUUCAGAGCAACAUUCACCGCCUCCCACCGGAGGUGCGGGACACUUGCCUGAAAGGUAUUGAGGAGGCCGAGGCGGCCCGUUCCGUGGCCGCGCCUGAGAAGCCGCAGAACUUCGCCGAGUAUGUUUCGCGUCAUUUUGGCGAGGGCAUCGCCGAGGUUUUCAUGCGCCCGUACAACUUUAAGGUGUGGGCAGUGCCUCUGCAUUUGAUGAGCACGGAGUGGGUUGGCGAACGCGUGGCCGCUGUGAACGUGGAGCGCAUCAGGGAGAACAUCCAACUCAAGCGCGAUGACGUUGGCUGGGGCCCCAACGCCACUUUCCGGUUCCCAAAGUCGGGUGGCACCGGGGCCAUCUACAAGGCCGUGUGGAAGAUGAUCCCAGAGGCGCACAAGACGCUUGGGCCACAGUGCCGCGUAACCAAGGUGAACCCGAUCACGAAGACGCUGACAAUGGCGAAUGGCGAGGCGGUGUCGUACGACGCGCUUGUCUCCACGAUGCCGCUAGAUGAUCUUCUCCUCGCCGUGGCGGCCGGAGUGGAGGAGGAUGCAGAGACCGCGUCAGCGUCGGCGCUCAAGGCGCCGCGUCUGCGAGAGAUUGCUGACAAGAUGGUCUACAGCUCCACCCACAUCAUCGGCAUCGGCGUGAAAGGGUGCCCGCCGCCAGAGAUGCGGACGGCGUGCUGGCUGUACUUCCCGGAAGACGGUAUUCCGUUCUACCGCGCGACGAUCUUCUCCCGCUACGCGGACACAAACGCGCCGGAGGGGCACUGGAGCAUCCUGCUGGAGGUCAGCCAAAAUGUGCUGUACAAACCCGUCAACGUGGACACCAUAGUGGAGGACUGCAUUGCUGGUCUUCGAACGGUGACGCUGCUUCGCCCAGAGGACGAGAUUGUGUCGCGUUGGCACCACAUGGAGAAGAAGGGCUACCCGAUCCCGUUCGUGGGUCGCAACGAGCUGCUGGAGGAGGUGCAGCCGGUGCUGCGUGACAAGUAUCAGAUCUAUUCACGCGGCCGCUUCGGCGCGUGGCGGUACGAGGUAGCAAAUCAAGAUCACUCGUUGAUGCAGGGCGUCGAGGCAGUGGGACACAUUUUUUACGGCACCGACGAAGACACCGUGCACAAACCAGAAAAGGUCAAUACCCGGCGCGGUGAGAUGCGCUGCACAUGGUCGUCGACGGCCUCGUAG